AUGUCCCAGCAAGUCAUUGCCAAUGGCGCAUCCACGCCCAAGGUUUUGAUCCCAGAAAAGGUGUCUCCCGACGGCCUUGCGUUGCUGCGCGCUUCCCUGGACGUCCACGAGAAAAAGGGUCUUAGCCCAGAACAACUGCACCAUAUCAUCCCGGAAUAUGAAGCUCUCAUAGUGAGAUCCGAGACCAAAGUCACCUCCUCCUUGCUUUCAGCGGGAAAGAAGCUCCGUGUCGUUGCUCGCGCUGGCGUUGGUGUCGACAAUGUUGAUCUCGAGGCUGCCACCAAGCUGGGCAUCAUCGUUGUCAACAGUCCUCAAGGCAACAUCAAUGCCGCCGCUGAACACACUAUUGCAUUGCUUAUGGCUACCGCCCGCAACGUUGCCGAGGCUUCCAUGAGCAUCAAGUCUGGCAAAUGGGAACGGAGUAAGCUCGUCGGCGUCGAAGUGAAGGGCAAAACCCUUGCCAUUGUCGGAUUGGGAAAAGUUGGUCUGACCGUCGCUCGAGCUGCUGGAGGCCUUGGCAUGAAUCUCGUGGCUUAUGAUCCUUAUGCCAACAUAACUGCUGCUGCCUCUGCAAACGUCGAUCUCGUGGAUUCGCUUGAAGAAUUGCUGGAACGAGCCGAUUUCCUGACCCUGCACACGCCAAUGAUAGCGUCUACGAAAGGACUUAUUGGAUUGCACGAGCUUUCCAAGAUGAAGAAGACGGCGCGCGUUCUCAACGUCGCGCGUGGAGGUAUCAUUGACGAGGCCGCUCUCUUGGAAGCUGUGGAAUCCGGCGUCAUUGCAGGCGCGGGUAUCGAUGUCUUCACCUCUGAGCCACCCAAACCUGACGACGCCGCCUCCAAAUUGAUCGCCCAUCCCAAAGUAGUUGCUACACCUCAUCUGGGCGCUUCCACGGUAGAGGCACAGGAAAAUGUUUCAAUAGAUGUUUGCGAGCAAGUCUUGUCAAUUCUGCAAGGUCAGCUACCGCGAAGCGCAGUCAACGCUCCCAUUAUCAUGGCCGAGGAAUAUCGCACGCUGGCACCAUUCGUCGCCCUACUGGAGAAGAUUGGAUCGUUGUACACCCAACACUUCGGUCCUUCAAACACUCUUCAACGUCUGCGUCCGACCUUUGACCUCACAUAUGAGGGCUCGCUGGCUUCCACCAAGACCACCAAACCGCUCUUUGCCGCUUUGAUCAAGGGUCUGCUUCUACCUAUUACCAACACCGAGAACACGAACAUCAACAUUGUCAAUGCCGAACUUGUUGCGAAAGAGCGCGGCAUCUUGGUCAACGAAUCUCGUUCCAGAGAGAAGGUUGAUCAGGAAGGUUUCACCGCUUCUGUCACUCUACGCGCCCGUGCUGAUCCACGCUCUCCAUCUGCCAGCCGUGGCACCCGCCCAGACACGAUGAGACGCACCGACACAGGCCGGGUCAAGAAAAUAGAAGAUCAAGUCAUCUCUGGUUUUAUAUCGAACAACACUCCUUUUAUUUCCAGAUUGGGUCGCUUCAGUACCUCAUUCGUGCCCGAAGGUAAUCUGCUCAUCUGCAGGAACUACGACGAGCCCGGCAAGAUCGGUGCUGUCGGUGGAAGACUGGGCAAGUCUGGAGUGAAUAUCAAAUUCAUGACCGUUGCACCAAUCGAUAUGGGACAACAGAGUCCUUUGGCGACAAGCGAUCCACAAGCGCCUGGAGCUGAUGGACACACUCCAGAGAACGAAGCCCUCAUGAUCCUGGGCGUGGACAGGGCAAUUGACGACGCUGUGAAACAGGAUCUUCUGGGCGAGAGCGGCGUGUUCGAAGUUGGUGUUGUCACGCUUUGAUCGUGGGUGUGAAAUGGGGGAGGCUCGGAGGCACUGGCGCACAGGAGGCAAAAGCGAUGCAUUGUUUCAACACAUCCUGGCAAGACUAGAUCAGAAAGGACUAAAGUAUAUGCGUAGCCGAGAAGAAAACAAAAUUAUAAGUGCAUACGCUC